AUGUUGUUGGCGAUACCUCCGAGCGCACUACUCUUGUUGGCUGUAACUUAUUCGAGUGUGGAGGGCAGGAUCGAUCGCAGGACCAUCGUUCAGCAGUACAACCUCAGCCUCAAUCGAUCCCACCCAUACAGUCCAGUGCAGGUCGGUAACGGAAACUUCGCUUUUGGUGUCGACAUCACGGGGCUCCAGACGUUUUUGCCACACAACACUCUUUCCUCGUGGGGCUGGCACAAUUCUUCCCUACCGACGACGCCAGGCCAGACAUCUCCAUCAGACUAUACUGGAGUAGAUUGGUGGACGCAUGAUCGUCUUGUCAACUAUGCGCAGCCGAACCCUGAGCAGAAAGACAUCAGCCAAUGGAUGAUCGCAAACCCGCAUAGGAUCAAUCUAGGAAGAGUGGGAUUAUGGUUUGGAGGCAUCGCUGGGGGCAAUGUCAGUGAAGAGUCCUUGACUGGAAAGAAGCAAAAACUCGAUCUUUGGGAAGGCGUUGUUUCGUCCACAUUCUCCUUAGAUGGCGCAGAAGUUUCCAUUACGACAAUCGUGAGCCCACACUCAGACACUGUGGCGAUCAACAUCUCGUCGGCUCUGGUCCGUACCGCUGGUUUGGGGGUUUACUUCGACUUCCCAUAUGCCACUGGAAAGAACAAGUUCGAUGCGCCAUUUGUUGGUUUUUUCAAUGCCACCGCCAAUCACACCACGAAUAUACAGUAUAGGGAAAGAGGUGCUCUCAUCACACACAACCUAGAUGCGACGACUUACGUUGCAGACAUCGCUUGGGAAGGCUAUGCCAGGAUUUCAAAGCUUCACGAACACGAACACCGAUAUUUUUUAGCCACGAGUCAAAAUUCGGAGAAUCUAGCAUUCACAAUCACAUAUGCUCCGCAACUGCCCACGAACACCAGUACUUGUGGUACAAUCAAGCAGCAAGCAGCAACUUGGUGGUCAGAGUACUGGUCUAGAGGAGCUUUCGUCUCUCUUCCUACCGCCACAAAUUCAUCUGCAAACGAACUCCAACGCCGCAUCAUACUUUCACAAUACCUCCUCGCGGUCAAUGGGGCCGGUAAAGAUCCCGCCCAAGAGUCUGGUCUUGUGAACAACGGAUGGUACGGCAAGUUCCAUAUGGAGAUGGUCUUCUGGCACCUUGCGCACUGGAUGUUCUGGCAAAAAUGGGAUCUCUACAACCGUUCGAUCGAUGUGUAUAAACGCUUCUUACCCAGUAGCUUUGAACGAGCUACUGCACAAGGCUAUAACGGUGCGCGCAUUGGCAAGAUGAAUGACCCCAGUGGCCGUUCCGCACCAGGUGAAAUCAACAGUUUAUUAAUCUGGCAACAGCCGCAUCCCAUGUACUUCGCUGAAAUGGAAUACCGCUCGUUUCCAUCACAGGCCACACUCGAGAAAUGGGAUGAUGUGCUCGUCGGUGUUGCGGAUUUCAUGGCGAGCUAUGCGUUCUGGAAUGCCAGUACAGGAUAUUAUGAUUUAGGGCCACCUAUGUACCCGGUUUCCGAGAACACGAAACCAAACGCGACAAUCAAUCCGACCUUCGAAUUGGCGUAUUGGCGCUUCGGCCUCGACAUUGCGACGAAAUGGCAAAGUAGACUAAACAAAUCUGUAUCGGAAGUAUGGACACAUGUCCAUGACAACCUUGCACCCUUUCCCACAGAAAACGAAACUUAUGUUACAUACGAGGGCAUACAGAAUAUGUGGACCACCCCAGAAUACACAGAGGACCAUCCAGGCUUACUCGGAAUCUACGGCUGGCUGCCCCCUGACAACCGCCUGAAUAUGAGUAUAUUCAACAACACUAUUGCCAAAGUGCACGAGACGUGGAAUUUCCCAUUUAGCUACGGUUGGGAUUUUCCAUUGCUUGCUAUCACUGAGGCGAGAAGAGGUGAUGCGGAGCGUGCGGUUGGGCAGCUGUUGGAUGUGAACAAUGCGUUUGAUGAGGUGGGUAUGCCAGUCGGUGGGACGAGGGUGCCUACGCCGUAUUUCCCGAGCGCAGCGGGCUUGUUGCUGGCCGUGGGGAUGAUGACUGCGGGAUGGGACGGACAGGAAGGGGGUGUGUGGCCGGAGGGGUGGAGUGUGGUGAGCGAGGGAUUCGUUCGAGGCAUGUAG